GUCGUCCACACCUCAUGAGAGAGGUUCAGCAUUCUGCCAUUCGCCAUGUCCUUCAACAUUUCCACACUGCUCCAUCGAGCUCAAGCUGUUUCGAAUGAUGCCUUUCAUCGUUUUCACACCAAGGUAUUGGCUUCGACGGCCAGCACAGCAGCCACAACCCCAAUAUCCUCCACGUUCUGGCGUGGCUCUUCAGCAUUGAGCAAGAAAGUUGCCUCAUCGAACGAUGCUCACCGCACGGCCACAACCAAGACGGCCUUCUUCAUGACCCAAGGACUAUCGGAGGAGUUGGUGCUGACAAUUGCAGGCUUCUUGGACGCUGCGUCGCUCUGUCGAUUGCAACAAACCAGCCGCCAGUGGCGCCACCACAUCGUCGUGCACGCUUCGACGCUGUGGCAAGGUUUGGCCUUCAAGGAACUUGGAAUCAAUCCACCCAUGCUAGCCAAUGAUGUAUUGGGCUACCUCGGGACGUACCAGACCGCCGUCGAGGGGGAACUGCGUCACAUGAACGAAGUGAAGGCCCCGUAUGCAGCCCUGGAGCAAUUCUGUCUAGCCGAGCCAGCUGACCACGGCAUCAUUGGCAUGUUCUGCGACGUGUGCUACUUCGACGACGUUUGCAUUGGACAAGCUAUUGCCAAACAGCGCUUCGGGGCGAUGGCCAUGGUGGUGGUUCAACAGCCGAGGCACGUCCAACGCUUCCGCAGUGCUUCACAUUAUGUCGGUCCGAUCAACUUUGUUCCGUUAGAGAACCCUCACUGGCCAUCCAUUGACCUUCCCAAGGUAGAUCCCAAGACGCCUGGGUUUCGAGGGUAUGCGUACAACCUCGUACACAUGAUCCCUGGUUACGACCACCUCAAACCCACCGUCGUGCGCGCCAUCCUGAAAAACAUCAUGGUGUUCGACUCGGCAGAGCAUGCCGCCGCGUAUUUUACCAUGUCGCAGACUCUGGCGCCUUUCGUGACAUUGGACAAUGCACAACCGGCCUAUGAAUUGGGCUUUGCGUCGCCAUUACGUGGCAGUCUGAGCGCACUUUCGAUGGAUCAAAAAGUGCACACAUUGACACGAUGGCGAGACAACACGCGCCAUGCCAUGGCUUAUAUCCAGUACGGCCGCUAACCGAGUUUACCAGCAAUACAGUGGUACUACAUAGUAAUUUUUUAUUUUAAUGAACGAGAUAUGGUGAUGAUGAGAUUGACGGGCACUCUGUGGAUUGCGUUGUUGCAUUACUAUAACGUAGUGACUGAAAUGACCUUUGACAUUUUGCAUUUGCUGCGACUUGGUAUCGC